AUGGGUCAAACGAAGCGCCGCGAUGGCAAGUCAUCGCGUGCCCCCAAAACCUCGCUCUUUGGCGGCCACAAGACCAGAGACGGAGACGCCGGGCAGCCCCAGAUCAAAAAGGCGACAUAUGAAAUCACAAAGAAGAAGGAAGUGGGUGUUUCAGAUCUGACGCUGUUGAGCAAGGUCUCCAACGAAGCAAUCAACGAGAACCUGAAGAAGCGCUUUGAACAUGGCGAAAUUUACACUUAUAUCGGCCAUGUGCUGGUAUCCGUUAACCCUUUCCGAGACCUGGGCAUCUACACGGAUCAAGUGCUCGAGACGUAUCGAGGCCGAAACCGACUCGAGGUCCCUCCCCACGUUUUCGCGGUUGCAGAGUCGGCGUACUACAACAUGAAAGCAUACAAGGACAAUCAAUGUGUUAUUAUCUCCGGCGAGUCCGGCGCAGGCAAGACCGAAGCCGCUAAACGCCUGAUGCAGUAUAUUGCCAGCGUCUCCGGCGGCACCGACUCCAGGAUUCAAAGGACCAAAGAUAUGGUCCUGGCCACGAAUCCUCUCUUGGAAUCUUUCGGCAAUGCCAAAACCCUCCGAAACAACAACUCCUCGCGGUUCGGCAAGUACCUGGAACUGGAGUUCAACGAGAGCGGUGAGCCGGUAGGCGCCAAAGUCACCAACUACUUGCUGGAAAAGACCCGAGUGGUGGGACAAAUCACGAACGAGAGGAAUUUCCAUAUCUUCUACCAAUUCACAAAGGCCGCGCCCCAAGAAUACCGGGAUUCGUUCGGAGUGCAGCCGCCGCAAUCCUACGUGUACACGAGCAAGUCAAAGUGUUUUGACGUUCCUGGGAUGGACGAUGCAAGCGAUUUCAGAGAGACAUUGAAAGCCAUGCAGAUUAUUGGUCUGUCAAAGCCCGAGCAAGACAACAUUUUUCGAAUGCUUGCAGCCAUUCUAUGGAUUGGAAAUAUCACUUUCCGAGAAAAUGACCAAGGCGGGGUUGACAUUGCGGACUCUUCGGUGGUGGAUUUUGUGGCAUAUCUGCUGGAAGUCGAGUCGGCACAUGUCAACAAGGCUCUGACGGUCAGAAUUGUGGAAACCGCCCGUGGUGGAGGACGACGGGGAUCGAUAUACGAAUCUCCUCUUAACCCGGUACAAGCCGGUGCUGUGCGGGAUGCGCUGGCAAUGGCAAUCUACUUCAACCUCUUUGACUGGAUUGUCGCCCGCACGAAUGCUUCUCUCACGUCGCAAGGUGUGGUGAAAAACACCAUCGGAAUUCUCGAUAUCUAUGGCUUCGAAAUAUUCGAAAAGAAUUCCUUCGAGCAACUGUGCAUCAACUAUGUCAACGAGAAGUUGCAACAGAUUUUCAUUCAGUUGACACUCAAGGCCGAGCAGGAAGAGUACGCCCGGGAACAAAUUCAGUGGACUCCGAUCAAAUAUUUCGACAACAAGGUUGUCUGUUCCCUGAUCGAGGACAAGAGACCUCCAGGGGUAUUCGCCGCUCUCAACGAUGCCUGCGCUACUGCUCAUGCGGAUUCCUCGGCGGCAGAUCAGACGUUCGUCGGCCGUUUGAAUUUCCUAUCCAACAACCCGAACUUCGAGAACAGGCAAGGACAGUUCAUCAUCAAACAUUACGCAGGUGAUGUGAACUACCAGGUGGCCGGGAUGACUGACAAGAACAAAGAUCAACUGUUGAAAGACCUGCUCAAUUUGGUCGGGGAGAGCUCUAAUGGGUUCUUACAUGAGCUCUUCCCGCAUCGGGUGGACCAAGACGACAAACGACGCCCUCCCACUGCUGGAGAUAAGAUCAGACAGUCGGCCAAUGAACUGGUCGACACCCUGAUGAAGGCUCAGCCGUCCUAUAUCCGAACCAUCAAACCCAACGAGAACAAGUCUCCAAAGGAAUACAAUGAUCAUAAUGUUCUGCAUCAGAUCAAGUACCUUGGUCUACAGGAAAACGUGCGUAUCAGGCGAGCAGGGUUUGCAUACCGUCAAACAUUCGACAAGUUUGUGGAAAGAUUCGCCUUACUUUCGCCCAGACUCUCCUACGCCGGAGAAUACACCUAUACUGGCGAUGUAAGGACGGCGUCAGAGAUCAUUUUCAAAGAUACCAGUAUUCCCAAGGAGGAGUAUCAGAUGGGUGUCACCAAGGUCUUUAUCAAGACUCCAGAAACCUUGUUCGGGCUGGAACACAUGCGCGACCGGUACUGGCACAAUAUGGCCGUCCGUAUUCAACGGGCGUGGAGAAACUACCUGCGGUACCGUGCCGAGGCGGCAACCCGCAUCCAGCGGUUCUGGCGCAAAUCCAAAGCCGGUGUCAAGGAAAUCGAGUUCCGAGAUCAAGGACACAAAUUGCUGGCGGGCCGGAAAGAACGUCGCAGAUACAGUCUGCUUGGGUCCCGGCGCUUUUUCGGCGACUAUCUUGGGCUUAAUAUGCCGGGAGGGUCUGGGCGGGUGCUGAGAGACUCAAUCCAUCUGGGUGCUCAAGAGCGAUGUGUCUUCUCGGCUCGUUGCGAGCUUCUAGUGACCAAAUUUGGAAGGUCGUCCAAACCCAUGCCUCGGAUUCUGGUAUUGACAAACAAGGCGGUCUACAUCGUUGUGCAACAUAUGGUGAACAAUCAACUACAGAUUCAAGCCGAAAGGACAAUCCCAAUCGGCGCCGUCAAGUACAUUUCGACAUCGAACUUGCGCGACGACUGGUUCGCCUUGGGCGUAGGGUCUCCUUCUGAACCAGAUCCGCUUAUCAGCUGCGUGUUCAAGACCGAGUUCUUCUUGCAGUUCAAGACGGUGGCCCCUGGCGGGAUGGACCUCCGGAUCUCCAGCAAUAUCGAGUACAACAAGAAGCCGGGCAAGCCGGCGGUUGUGAAAGUCCAGAAAGAUCCAUCCAUACCCAGAGACGACAUGUACAAGUCUGGUGUGAUUCAUGUGCCUCCGGGCGAACCGCCCAACUCGGUGUCGAGGCCUACUCCGCGUGGCAAAGCCAUUGCAAGACCCAUCACAACCGGCAAACUCCUUCGACCUGGCGGUCCAGGUGGACAACCAUCCAAGACCACCACAGCAAGGCGACCUGUACCGGCGGCAGCACCAGUAACACCAGCAAGGCCUGCGACUCAAACUCAACGGACAGUUCCUGUCCCUGCUGCUGCCUCGGCUACAUCAGCAUACAAUCAGGUCACGAACGGGGUUUCAUCACAUUCUCGCAACGAGUCGGCUUCGGCUUCGGCUUCGUCAGCAACCACAGCCACGCAUUCUCAGCAUCAUCGUACAGCUCCUCCUCCUCCUCCACCUCCGCCUCCUGCGGCGGCCGCAGCUCCUCCUCCAUCCAAACCUCAAGCAAAAGUCAAAUACGACUUCAACUCGUCCAACGCAAACGAAUUGCCCCUUAAGGCCGGGGAAAUUGUGGAGAUUGUCCAGAAAGAAGGGAAUGGCUGGUGGCUCUGCAAAAACCUUCAAACCAAUGCUCAGGGAUGGGCACCCUCGGCCUACGUUGAGGAAAUUGAACAACGGGCCGCUGCACCGCCGCCCCCACCACCAGCUCCACCAGCUGCUCCUCCCCGACCCACGCCAUCAGUCGUGCUCAAUGGAGGACAACAAGGCCAGCACCAACAUAAAGCAAAACCUACUCCUCCCGCACCGCCCGCGAAACGUCCUGUUCCCAAUGCUGCUAAGAAGCCAGGUGUAUCACCCGCUAGAGAUAGUGGCAUGAGUCUGGGAAGCGCGACAAACACAACAGGAAGUGGUACCGAUUCCGGCAGAGCUACGCCCAAUAGUCUGGGAGGAGGGAGUUUGGCUGGUGGGCUGGCAGAGGCGUUGAGAGCGAGACAGAGUGCCAUGAGUGGAAGGGGCCGCGAUAAGGAUGGCGAGGAUGAUGAUUGGUAG